UAAGAAGUUGAUAAGAAAAUAGGAAUAGCUCUUAUGUAUCUAAUCUACUGUACUGUAUUCGUUUUUUCUAUUUGUAAAUCCAAUGCUAAAUUAAUAAAUCUUUCUGAAUUCUAAAACUGCAUUAGUACAUUUCAGACCGGUAUAUUUAAGGGAAUUGUUUUAUUAAAAAUGAAUGAGAGUAAACAAUCGAAGCAAUCAAACAAAAGGAAUAAUAAAAAGGGAAAAGGCAAAGAAAAUGAAGAGAAAUCUGCAAUCACUGUUCCGAAGUUCUUAUUUGUUUUUAUGCUAGUGACAGUACUUUCAGCUGGUUAUAUGUACAAAGUUCUUUUAACACCACCUGAAUUACCAAAAGUUGAUAUGAAUGAGUACUGGGGUCCAUACCCAAUGGAUCUUGAACCAGAUUUAUCAAUAAGACCUUUUGAAAUUGAGUUCUCCGAUGUUAUGAUACAUGAUCUUAGAGAGAGACUCCUCCAUCGCAGGCCGUUUGUCCCACCUUUAGAGAACACUGGAUUUACAUACGGCUUCAACACAAAUUUUCUGAUCAGAGUACUUGACUAUUGGAAGAAUAAUUACAACUUUAAAGACAGAGAACAAUUCUUUAAUAAGUACAAUCAUUUCAAAACCAAAAUUCAAGGGCUGGAUAUUCACUACAUACAUGUUAAACCAAAAAUAACAGAUGAUAUUACAGUUGUGCCUUUAUUGAUGAUGCACGGUUGGCCGGGCUCUGUAAGAGAGUUCUAUGAAAUAAUACCAAAAUUAACAAAUCCUGUUCCCGAACAUAACUUUGUCUUUGAAUUAAUCAUACCCAGUAUGCCUGGAUAUGGAUUUUCACAAGGUGCUGUCCGUCCAGGUCUGAGCACAUCUAAGAUGGCCAUAGUGAUGGCCAAUCUAAUGAAACGAGUUGGCCAUGAGAAGUACUAUGUGCAAGGAGGUGAUGUAGGUCACUCAGUUGGCUCGGCCAUGGCCACUUUAUUCCCUGAUAAAGUACUAGGAUUCCAUACAAACUUCCCAACUGUUUCGUUUAAUUCGGUGGCUAACUUGUGCAUAUUCUUUGCUUCAGUUUGGCCAAGUCUAAUCGUGGAGCCGGAGUUGAAGAGCAGAAUGUAUCCGUUGUCGGAUCAUGCUUCAAGGAUAUUGGAGGAGUCCGGAUAUAUGCAUAUACAGGCCACCAAACCUGAUACCAUUGGUGCAGCAUUAACCGAUACUCCUGCUGGUCUCGCUGCAUACAUCUUAGAGAAGUUCUCUACCUGGACCAACCCAGAGUACAAGACUGCAGGGGACGGGAAGUUGCUGGACAAGUUCUCAUUGACACACUUGUUGGACAAUGUGAUGGUGUACUGGGUCACCAACAGUAUUACAACAUCUGUCAGAGCAUAUGCUGAGAGUCUGAGUAAGAAGGAACUAGAUUUGAAAUUUGAUGAGAUACCAACAUUGGUGCCGACUUGGGGUAUAAAAUUCAAACAUGAGCUGAUAUUCCACCCCGACUCCAUGUUGCGUUUGAAGUACAAGAACUAUCUUCACAGCACCGUGGUGGAGGAUGGUGGACAUUUCGCCGCAUUCGAGAACCCCACCAUCAUGGCCACUGAUAUAUAUCAAGCCGUUGAUACUUUCAGACAAUUUCAUGAUAACGGCGGUGAACAAAAACCAGCCGAAGAUGUGAACUAUAAAACAGCAACUACUGUAUAUGAAUUCACGGUCAAAGAUAUUAAUGGAAAAAAUGUAAAACUUGAUAAAUACAAAGGAAAUGUACUUAUUAUUGUGAAUGUCGCCUCAGAAUGCGGUCUCACUGAUACAAAUUAUAAACAACUAAAUGAAUUAUAUGAAAAAUAUUCAACUACAAAAAAUUUAAGAAUAUUAGCAUUCCCAUGUAAUCAAUUUGCUGGACAAGAACCCGGUAAUAACAAAGACAUAUUGAAUUUUGUUAAAAAUAGAGGCGUUAAAUUUGAUUUGUUUGAAAAAGUCGAUGUGAACGGUGAAAAUGCUCAUCCAUUAUUCAAAUUCUUAAAGAAACUUCAAACUGGUACAUUUGGUGAUUUUAUUAAAUGGAAUUUCAGUAAAUUUAUAAUUGAUAAAAAUGGUGUACCGGUUGAAAGAUUGGGUCCUAAUGUAAAUCCUAUAGAUAUGGAACCGUUAUUGGCUAAGUACUGGUAAAUUUUAUAUGUAUAUUAAAAUGUAUGUAUGGAUAUCAAUAUAAAUAUUAAAUACAGUCAAACCUGACGCGAGAAUUGGAUAAGCUAAACAACCUCUGUAAGCGAGAGUCAUUGGUCUCAAUAGACUAACUUCAUAAGCGAGAAACCUCU